UGGGGCGCCUCCCAGACGUUACGUCACGCGUACCUGGCCGCCUACGAGCGUAUAUAUACCGGCCUGCCGGCGGCGCCCGGCGUAACACUCACUCGCAGACAUGGAGCGCAACCACUUGCACAAGGCGCUGACCGCGCUAGCGGUGCUGGCAGCUGUGCUGGGAGUCGCGACGACGGCGACCACUGUAGGUACGGAGAGGAGCGUCAACAGCGCGGCCGGCUCCGAUGACGUCAAGGAGAAGAGCGACCUGGAGACGGAAGCCAGCAGCAGAUCACUGGACUACGAUUCCUAUGACGCUUACCGGGGUUAUCCCAUCACGGGUUAUGGCGGCUAUGGUGGUUACAGAGGAUAUGGCAGCAGUGGCUAUGGAGGCUAUGGUGGAUACAGGGGCUCUGGAGGGUAUGGUGGUUACGGAGGAUAUGGUGGGUACAGUGGAUAUGGAGGCUAUGAUGGCUAUGGUACCACUGGAUAUGGUGGAUAUGGCGGCAGUGGGGGCUAUGGUGGCUACAGACCCUCUGGAGGCUAUGGAGGAUACGGUGGGUAUAGGCCAUCUGUAGGUUAUGGUGGCUACAGACCAUCUGGUGGCUAUGGUGGUUAUGGAGGAUCUGGUGGCUACAGACCAACUGGCGGAUAUGGUGGCUAUGGAGGAUAUGGUGGAUAUGAUGGCUAUGGUGGUAGCUAUGGGGGGUAUGGCGGUUAUGGUGGAUCAAGUGGUUAUGGUGGAUCAGGUGGGUAUGGUGGCUACGGUGGAUCGGGUAGCUAUGGUGGAUAUGGAGGCUACAGACCUGGAGGAUAUGGUCUGUACAGCGGCGGAUACGGUGGCUACAGAGGAUAUGGCAGCACCUACGGGGGUUACUCCAGCCCUUACCGUGGUCCCUGAGCUGCUGAUGCCUUAGUGUACAGAGCACGAAAUGUCUGCGAUCUACGAGACACAAGACUGGAUGUUCAGUGUUCUGUGUUGUGUGAUAGAGCCUAACACAAAUUUCCAAGCAGUUCUUCUUUUCAAUGUGGGCGUCUGACUACCACACGUUGUGUCCUAUGACGGAAGCAAACAUUAUUCUCCACAAAUGUCGUUCUUCCGUUCGCCUUGCAGGAAAAAAUCUGAAUCUCAGUUGCUGAAAAUCGUUAAUUUAUUACUUUUACACAGACUACUUGUUGCAAUUCAUGACCUAAGCUUUGCAUUAUUACUACGUUGAUAACGAGUAUUAACGUAUAUUACAACAGAACUCAGCGCUAUCGGAUGUUCUACUAUCCAAAUGAAUGUACGUAAUUCUAAUACGCUUUAAACUGUCAUGUACUCAACAUCGAAACCAUUAUUUAAGUAAUCAUACAGUUUUGUAACAACAAUAAUAAAAAGUUGUAACCUACA